AUGAGAAAAGGUGGGCUGGAUUUUUCCCCUUCUUCCGCCCGGACAGACCGCAGACGAGAACGACCCUUCCUCGGCUGUUGGAACCAGCCCUCUCUGCCCCGGUCCUGGACUGUGGUGCAGUCCUUGGACUCAUUAUGCUUUCCCUCCACCCUGGUCCCCAACAGCCAACCAGCAGGUCUCCCCUCUCCCAACAACACCUCUUCCUUCCUGGACUCGGAGAUUUCGCUAUGCCUCUUCCCUCCCAUCUACGCCUUGAUCUUGCCACGGGUCUUCGCGCCCAACAUCUACGUCUGUUCGUGA